ACUCUCGUGCCCAACUCCUUAAAAAGAGACGUUAUUUUUACCCCUCGAUUCAAUUAUCUCCAUUCACUUUCGUUCUUUCGAAUCGCCUCGACUCGCGAAAUUACCAUAUCUAGUGUCCAUAGGUCAUCUCAGUUGAGUCGCUCGCUAGUUUUCAACUACUCAGGUUCAAUAGACUAAAUUGAAAAAUUGGAUAGUCGUGACAGUUUUGAUUAUUGACAAGUGAGUUGAAUGGGUGAGGGGAGGUGGCCAGUUUACAGAGAGAUGUACAGAGAGGGGAAGUAACUGAAGGCGGUUUUGGGGGAUAGAGGGGAUAGUUGUGACUUAUUUCCAGUGGUACCUCUCACUUGCCAGUUCGGGUCUUCGACACUCGGCGGAUUGUGACGGUAACAAGAGGAUCAGUUUGAAUGUUAUUUUAUUUCUGUUGAGACUAUUUUUUAAAUAAUUUUUUCAGAGAAAUUAAAUAUUUUUAAAGAGAGUUUCUAAAGUUUCGCGGGUUUAUUUUCAUUUUCCGGAGAGUUUGAGGUACGUUUGAGGGAAAUAGUUGGAAUUGAUCGGAGUGACCGGCGGUCUUUGGGACGAGUUGUCGGAGGCAUCGGUUUGUUGCGAAAAUACGCGGAUAAACGGGAAAGCAAAGAGUGAAUUGUUCUUUUGAGGGAGUUGAGACAUUUCGGAGGAGUUUUGUGCUGUCGGAGACUGGGAAGAUGGGUAUUGCAGUGCCUCAGGGUCUUAAUGGGCGAUUGCUGUUCGCUAUCGCAGCUGCUGCGCUGGGAUCAUCCUUCCAGCACGGUUACAACACUGGUGUUGUGAAUCCCCCGCAAUCGUUGAUAGAAAGCUGGAUAAAGAGUGUGAAAGGCAACCGAACAGGCGAGGAAGUCUCCCAGGAGCAAGUCACGGCAAUAUGGUCGAUAGCAGUAGCAAUCUUCUGCGUGGGUGGUAUGAUCGGUGGUGCCCUGGUAGGCACAAUUGCCGACAGAUUCGGAAGAAAAGGUGGUCUCCUCCUGAUCAACAUCCUCGUCGUGAUCACAGUAUUCCUAGAGGGAUUCUCGAAGAUGGCGGCGAGCUACGAGAUGCUGAUCGUCGGUCGUCUCAUCAUCGGCAUAAACUCUGGCCUCAACGCCGGUCUCGCCCCGAUGUACCUAGCUGAGAUAUCUCCGAUGCACCUUCGAGGGGCCGUCGGAACCGUCUACCAACUGGUCAUCACGAUUUCCAUUCUGAUCGCCCAGAUCCUCGGUAUGAAUCAGCUCCUCGGUACCGAGCAACACUGGCCACUUCUUCUGUCUCUCACCAUCGUCCCAGCGAUCUUCCAAUGUCUCACUCUACCCCUCUGCCCCGAAAGCCCGAAGUAUCUUCUGCUUUGCAAAGGCAAGGACGUGGACGCCCAGAGAUCGCUGACCUGGCUUCGCUCCAGCAACGAUGUCUACGAGGAGAUGGAGGAGAUGAGGGCUGAGUACGAGUCUAUGAAGAUGCUGCCGACUGUUGGCUUGAGAGAUCUUUUCGUCAAUUCCACUUUGAGAAUUCCGCUGGUCAUCGCUAUCAUGGUCAUGCUGGCGCAACAGCUGUCCGGUAUCAAUGCUGUUAUGUUCUUCUCCACGAAGAUCUUUAAGAUGGCUAGUUUGGAUGACGCUGCUGCGCAGUCGGCGACUAUGGGAGUUGGAGCUAUGAACGUCGUUAUGACACUAGUGUCUUUGGUUCUUGUGGAGAAGUGUGGACGGAAGACACUACUGCUGUUUGGCUUCGGAGGGAUGGUUAUUGAUACUGCCUUGUUGACCAUCUCCAUCAGUUACGCUGACGUGUCAACUGCCGCAGCCUACUUGUCCAUCAUCUUCGUCAUCCUCUUCGUAGUUCUGUUCGCAACAGGUCCUGGCAGCAUUCCCUGGUUCUUGGUCUCCGAACUCUUCAAUCAAUCAGCAAGACCCGCAGCCACAUCAAUUUCCAUUGCCAUCAACUGGUCCGCCAACUUCAUCGUAAGCAUAGCAUUCUUACCCCUUCAAGAAGCCUUGGGACCCAAAGUAUUCAUCAUCUUCGUGGUCAUUCAAUUGUUCUUCACACUCUUCAUAUGGAGAAAAGUACCGGAAACGAAGAACAAGACAAUCGAGGAGAUUAGCAGCAUGUUCAGGCAGAUAUCUUAUCAGUGAGGUCAUCACGUGUAAUUACUUCAUUAUUAGAAUUAUCUUGAACAAGAAUAAGGGACAGCAAGAGGUAAAACAAGUCCUUCCAUUAUUUUGCAGUUCGAUGCAUUUUCUUUUUCUUAUUCAAUGAUGGUUUCCUUGAUAAAUGAAUGAUUCUUAUGCGCCAUUUAUUCAUCAAUGAACUGGCCUUUUAUUAUUAUCGUAAUUAUCCGGAGGAUUACGUCGAACUGAUAGAUAAGGACUACCUGAUUUACAUGUAAUUAAUCGAAUUAGUUUCUGUUACUACUGCGGUGGAUAAUUGGUUUUAAAAAAGGAGAAAAGACACAAAAAUGAUACUAAAAUCACGGAUAGACUAAGAAGUGAUUCAGGCUCGUUAUGAUCAAGUCUUUCUUUGACGUCAAUUUUAUUUUUUCAUAUGGGAAAAGUUUAUGGAAUCGUCGAUUCCAACUCUAGUCAAGAAUCAGCUCUUUUUAAAUCUUCACGAUUUUUCUUUUUGCAAAUGUCAGUCAUUGGUUUUCAUCCGUUUUACUGGAUUCUCUCUGAUGUAUUUGAUGCGCAGUAGAAAUGAUUAUGGCUAAUUUCACAAUUGUGAAAGAAACUGAAUUUUUCAAUAGUGAAGCAGUCAGCAAUACCAGGCGAUGAGUCCAAAGGACAAGGAUUUGCUGAAAAUUUCAUGAGAUAUUCGCGUCUUCUGAUAUGUUUCUUUAAGCCUAUCAGUUCCUGCGUUCUGUUGAAUCACUUCGAUACAGAUUUCAUAAUCUGAUUAUGCACAUUACCCGUUUUUAGAUGAACAACGAAAGGUUUAUAAAGAUUAUUCAUGUUUCUGAUGAUUUUAAUCACCCGCGAAAACUGGAAAGUCUCAUGACAGACAGCUUUGUACCUUCAUUACGGGUAUAACUGUACAGAGAUGAAAUUAUUGGGCUGAGGCAUUAAAACUCAGUCAAUGCCUGUGUCCACAGUUAUCCCACCAAAUACAAAUGAUAGUUGUAUACAAUUAACAGAAAUUUAGUUGAAGCCGUGCUAGUGUUAUUUUGAUUAGGUGAGAUGUGUCAUGUCUCUUGGCAGCGAGAAUUAUUUAAUUUAUAUAUCGAGAAUUUAUUGUGUAGCAACAUUGGCCAAGUGCAAAGUGCUCAACGAUGAUUAUUUUUAUUGAAGUCGAGGCCAUGUUUUUUUUGCUCCUUUCUAUCGGAAUAGAACGGUGGAAAUUUUUAUCGUGCAAUUUUGCAGUGGCUGUUGCUGACGAGCAAUAGAAAUCGAUAUGAUUGUCUGUGAGGCAAAUACGUAUUUUAUUCUUUAAUUUAGUCCUUUUUUUAAAAUAAUGAACUCAAUACUCAUACGUUAGUAGUCGUUUAUCCAUCAAAUGGAGCGGUGGCUCUCACAUUUUUUACUAGAUGAAAAUUGAAAUUAUACUGGGCAGUGUUAAUGCUCUUGAGUUAACUGUUUGAUUAUUGAUAUGUGAAUUAGUUUUAUUGAUGCGAAGGCUUUGUGGACACUGAAACAAUUGUGCACAAAAUACAAUUGCCCAGUACAGAGUAAUGAGUAGAGUGAAUGCAUGCCGAGAGGUUUUUAUUUCAUACAACAUUCAGAUUCUUACACAACAAGCUGUAGUUGAUUGAUUCCGACCUUGAAAUUGUAGUUGUUUUUAUGUAAGUUUAAUUAAUAAAUGUUAUUGAAUUAAUUUAGAAAUGGUAACGUGCAGUUGUAAGACUUAGGUUUUUUUAGUCGUGUUCUUUUAUAUAUGGAAAAAACAGUGUCGAUGUAACAUUCUAGAUGUUUAAACAAAAAUAUAAGUCAUAUCGCAGUGUAAUGUAAACGAAGGAACCAUUUUCAUUUUGUAAGUGUUAUUGUGCACAAUGGCGGAGGAUUUUGAUUUUGGUAUCAGGAAAGUGGAUUCCGUUGGUAAAUCCAUCACUAUGAUGUAUGACUGGAUACAAUAUAAUUGCGAUAUACGUAUUUUUGAUGCUGAUAUAUUUACUGUUGUCCGAAAUAAAGAAAUUAUUGAAGUAA